CUUAUCACAGGAUGGUUAUGCGAAAAAGGCGAUUAGGGUAUAAUAUACGACCUGCGGAAGAUCAACAGGUUGAAUCUUGUCAAGAUGUGACGCAUUUCGUGAGACGAUUCGUUGAUUCUGCGUUUAUCUCCGCAAUGAAGAUUGUCGCUGUGAUGGAUCAUGAGUUCUCGCUUAACUACAUAAAAUGGCCUACGUGUGGAAAUAUGAAUGCACGAAAAGGCCUGCGAUGUGUGAAAGAGGAGAUGUUCCGAUGGAACCAAUUAUCGGCUUUGAGAAAUUGGAUGUUCCAUGUAAAGUUUAUCAGCCUUAACAAAGAAGGCACCGCUGAAUUCUACGUGUAUCACGUUCUAUGGAGCAUACCCACACCGGCAUAUCCGGAGCCAUAUGUGACUGUCAGCGUGUUCUUCUGCAUCGCGGCGAGUCGCGUGCAGCCGCCGCACUUUCCAGUCGACGUCACAUAUGUAUUCGAGGGACAUCAGUUUGUGCAUCGGUUAGACGUAGUUUUUCAACCGAAGUGGCUUUAUGACAUUCUCGACAUGAAGACUAUGCUGUUCAAAACUUUUACAUUUUAA